AUGGCACUGACAAGUUCUAGUUCAUUUCUUUGUUUUCAUAUGUUGAUGUUAACCCUUUUCUCUCUUAUCUCCGCCGAGACUACCCUGCAGGUCCCAGCCAUAUUCAUAUUUGGUGACUCAACCUUUGAUGUUGGGACUAACAAUUUCUUAAAUGAUAGCCAAGCGAAGGCGAACUUCCCAUACAAUGGGAUUGAUUUUCCUUAUUCUGUGCCUACCGGCAGGUUCAGCAAUGGCUACAACAGCGCAGAUCAGAUUGUGAGGCAGUUUGGAUACAAGAGGAGUCCGCCACCUUUUUUCUUCCUUCUCAACCGUAGUUCCAGUUUCAAGAAGAGAAUACUCCAAGGUGUUAACUUUGCAUCAGGAGGAUCUGGGAUUCUUGAAUCUACCGGGUCCGACGCAUUUAAAAUGGUGAUUCCAUUGAGAGAACAGAUCCAACAAUUUUCCACAGUUCGUGACAACAUCUCAGCGUUACUGGGUCCUGAGAACAAUGCCAUGUUGCUUUCUCAAUCACUGUUUCUCAUUAGUGUUGGAAGCAAUGACAUCUUCGAUUAUCAACGAAACACAAGUGCGAAAAUGACUGUCCAAGAGUUCCUGGACAUUCUUCAGGAAACGUAUCAGAAUCAUCUCCAGAAACUCUAUGAUUUGGGUGCUCGAAAAUUUGGCAUUGUGGGUAUCCCAGCACUUGGAUGCUGUCCAUUUGAACGUUUCAUCAGAAAAACUGGUGAUUGCGUCAAGGAGUUGAAUGAUUUGGCUCAAGCAUUCUUCAAUGCCACAGAAACCAUCUUAAUAAAACUGAGCUCUCAAUUUGUAGCGAUGAAGUACUCGCUUGGAAAUUCUUAUACAAUGACGCUGGACAUCAUCGAUAACCCACUAGCUUUUGGUUUCAAGGAGGUGAAACAAGCAUGCUGUGGUAAUGGAAACUUCAAUGGAGGAGCUCCAUGUAACGCAAGUGCAAAUCUUUGUCCUGAUCGCCAAGAGUACUUGUUCUGGGACUGGUUCCACCCAAGUGAGGCCGCUUCUAGAUUGGCAGCUCUAACCCUCUUUGGUGGAGAAGUAAGAUAUGUGACACCCAUGAAUUUCAGUCGAUUGGUGCAGACUACUUAA